AUGCUGGUUUUGAACUGUUCUACAAAGCUGCAGAUGCUGGAAUAUAUGCUAAUGAAGAACUUCCCUGAAUCCCUUAAGGUUUAUGGAGCUGUGCUGAAUAUAAACAGAGGAAACCCCUUCAAGAAGGAAGUGGUGGUGGAUUCAUGGCCAGAAUUCAAAGCUGUCAUAACUCGCCGGAAGAGAGAGGCUGAAAGUGAUGACCUGGAUUAUUUUACCAAUGCCUAUGCUGUUUUCUAUAAAGACCUGCAAGCAUACCAGGCAUUACUGGAGAACCCAGAAACCAUAAACUGGGAACAAGUUUUCCAAAUACAGGGGCUGCAGGAUGGAUUAUAUAAAGCUUCCAUAGCUGUUGCUGUACCCAGCCAAGUAGAUGUGAAGGAGUCUCUUUUCCAAAUGGUUAUCCAUCCAAAUCCUGAUGCUCUUCCAGAUGUUAAACUUCUGCUGGAUCCUGCACCAAACCUGGUUUCCCUUGAUGUGUCCCAUGCCAGCCUGCUGAAUGAGACAUGGUCCCGAGGAGGCAGUGAACAGUGUCGGAAAUACCUCGCCAACCUCAUUUGCUGUUUCCCUAGUGUAUGCAUUCUGGAUGAAGAUGGACAUCCCAUCUCCUGGGGUCUGACAGACCAGUUUGCUACUAUGAUUCAUGGUUAUACCUUACCUGAACACCGUAGGAAAGGAUACAACCGCCUAAUUGCAACAAUCCUAGCUAAGAAGUUACAUAAUAGGGGCUUCCCAGCUCAAGGCAAUGUUCUGGAGGACAAUAUACCAUCAAUAACUUUGCUGAAGAGCAUGAAUGCCCAGUUUUUGCACUGUCAGUUUGUUAGACUUAUCCACACACCUUUACAUUUUUUACCCACACCUCAUUUGUAGUUUAGUGAACAGUUAACGAUCAUGGUGGCAUUCUUUCUGAUGGAUAAAAAGACCUAAACUGUUGUAGAAACUUCUGGGGUGAACUCCUACACCUGUAUGCAUCCAACCUGAUAGGCACUCAACCACCACAGUUCACUAUUAGAGGGAAUUAUGAUAAUUGGUAUCUGAAUAUGCACUAUUAUUUGCUUGAAUAGUAAUGUUUGUUGGUAAUUAAGAAAUCAUGGGGUCAUAGCCAUUUCAGUUUAUUUAAUCAAAGUGAAACUGAUCUUGUGUAUACAUGGAUCCUCUCUCACAAGCAGAUAUGCAUUUUUAUGUAUUUUCUUCAUUUUUUCAUCAGCAGGCCCAAAACUAGUCAUCUAUUGUUCAUCAGAUUAUUACUACUGUUGUCAUGAUACAAUUCUUGGGCAGCAUCCAUACUAUAAUGUGAAUGAGCAGAACACUUUCACCUGCAUAUAGUGGGGAAGGGCAAUUUUCACCUAUUCCUGUCCCCUCCUCUGCAGACCUUUGUAACCAGCAGGUUCCCCAAACCUGUUUGCUGUCGCUUGUGUUUGUUAUCAUUUUGUAUUGGUCUGGUGUAAUGCUUUGUGCAGUGUGUAAUCUUAAUUUUGUUCGUCACUUUGGGAUGGCUUACAAAAGCUGGGAUAUAAAUGUAUUAAAUCAUUUUCAGGCA